CUGUGACAAGUGAGGCCUACUUCAGCGCACUUUCAAAGAUUGGAGAGAAGGCUUUUCACACCAUGUCCUCACGUUCUCUGGGAGAUGUCCUGAUUCAGAUCGCUGAGAGCCAAAGGAGACUCACCUCGGAGCUGGAGGGAGUAUUCCGCUGGUUCAGUGUGGAGGUUCUUCAGGAGAUGGACAAUAACAUUAAACUGGACAAAGAUUACAUAUCAGGCAGUAGGAAGUACUAUGAGAUGGAAGUCCACAACCAGGCAGCAGCUCUCGAAAGACAGCUGAGGAGAGGAGCCAACCAGGAUUGUAGCGAGUAUGUGCAGUUCCUCAGGGAGAGCCAUAGCGAGGCGCUGAAGGAGGAGGAGAGACGACACCGCUUCCUGGCUGAGAAACACUGUGGCCUGAUACAGUCCAUCGCCCAACUCAUGAAUAAAAGAGGAGGUUCGCUGCAGCAGAGAGCUGAUUCCUGGACAGAGGAGGUGAAUGCCACCAGAGGACCAGAGACCAGGCGACCCACUAAUGUGGACAACUCUGUGAGGAUGAAGGAGGAGGAGAUCAGAAAAAGCCGAGACGAACUGACCCUCGGCAACAUACCUUCAAGGGCCCCGUCUCCCCAGGGAAGCAUUUCUCGCUCUACAGCUGAGUCAGUGAUGGGCGGUGGUGGAGGCAGAUCCAUGAGGGCCCUGGUGGCCCACGAGCCUGGUGGCUCCAACCCCACCCUGCUGCCCUUCAGCAAAGGAGAGAUGAUCACUGCGCUGGUCCAUCAGCCGAAGAAUGGCUGGCUUUAUGGACGCGCUGGAAGCACUUCACGUCAGGGAUGGUUUCCAGCCUCAUAUGUGGAAGCAGUGGAUGAUCCUCCGAGGACAACCAGCUCUGGUAACUCCACUCUCCGAGGCAGUAGCAGCAUGAGCAACCUGCUCGACCAACCGGGAAGCAGCAGCCACAGUGGAGCCCCGCCCCCUCCACCUCCACCACCAAAUCUAUCUUCAAAUAAACAAUCUGAGUUGCGACCAGUCACACCGACUCCUGACAGAAGUGCUGAGUCUAAUUCAGGGAACAAGAGAUCGAAACCACACGGAUCACCACCAGAACUCUUCCCAAGGGGUACCAACCCAUUUGCCACAGUGAAGCUGAAGCCCACGUCCACCAAUGACAGAUCAGCCCCACGUUUAUAUCGGAGAUGACAUCUUAACCCUGAAACAAAUACAAAUUUCAUUGAGCUUGAUAGUUUAUUCUCGCCCUCGGAAAUAGCAGUAUGUAUGGCAGAAAGUGAGUAAGUGGACCUUGAUUGGAGGUUGUUUUUGUGAACUAGUGUUUUCAUACUUCUGACAGUCCUCUGUUUGAAUUGAUCUUCUGCAUUGAUCCAUACAUAGUUGGAGAAAGAGGAUGAAAUGUUUUCUAAAUAUUUCAGACUUCUUGGUUUCUGUAGAUCUGUAUGUGUACAUAUAUAUUUUUAAACCAACAGCCAACAUCUAUUCGUGUUUUUCUGUAGUCUUUUUCAUAAUUGGCACUGUCUUUGUGAUUUGUUAAAUAGUAGGAAUGAAUCACUGAUUCUUCCGUGACGAAUGUGUUUACGUGGCAUAAACUAAUAAGUACUUUGAUCUUACCGGGUGUUAAAUCAUCAGUCCUUCUCUGAAAUGCUUUUUCAAUGGCAUUGACAUUCUGACAUGUGAAUGAUUUUUGUA